CCACCUUCCUUCCUUAAUAGAAUUUCAGACCUUUCCCUUUCGCCGUUCCUCGCGUUAAAUAUGAUAAUCCAAAUUUCCAGGAUUACAAAAUUCUUCUUCUAUUUCCCUCAUUCGACUUCACCCUAAUUGCGAAGAUUCAGGAAUCGUCGACCGCCAUUACUGCACCUCGCCGGAGCGCCGCCCUGUUUUCAAGGAAUCGGAGUUUGUCGCCGUCUUCUUCUCCGCCGGUGCGUCGAUCUAUUUAUUUAUUUAUUUGUUUAUUUCUUUCGGUAUGCUGUCGAGAUCGUGCUUCGAUCUGUUGAACCUCGACGACUAUUCGAGCGAUCGGCAGCCGCCGCGUCUGCCUCGUUUGAUUUCCGUACCGGGAAUCAUUUCCGAUUUCGACGAUUCGAGCAAUGCCGGCUCCGGCGCCGACUCCGAUUUGCCGGAGCGGCGGCGGAUAGUGGUGGCGAACAAGCUACCGCUGAAAGCCGUCCGUAGUGAUAACAAUUGGGAAUUCGAUUGGGAUGAAGAAGCCCUAAUUUUGCAAUUGAGGGACGGAUUUCCGCCAGGUGUCGAAAUCCUGUACGUCGGAUCUUUAAGCGUCGAAAUCGAUCCAACGGAUCAGGACGCCGUCGCCCACCGCCUCUUCGAGAACUUCGGAUGUAUUCCGACAUUCUUACCGCCGGAUUUACUGAACCGAUUCUACCACGGCUUCUGCAAGCACUACCUAUGGCCACUGUUUCACUACAUGCUUCCGUUGAGUCCCGACCAUGGCGUCCGCUUCCACAAGGCCACGUGGCAGGCCUACGUCUCCGCCAACAAGGUUUUCGCCGACAAAGUAAUGGAAGUGAUCAAUCCCGACGAGGAUUAUGUCUGGAUUCACGAUUACCAUCUCAUGAUCCUCCCGACAUUCCUCCGCAAACGCCACCACCGCAUCAAGCUCGGAUUCUUCCUCCACAGCCCCUUCCCGUCGUCGGAAAUUUACCGGACAUUGCCGGUCCGGGAGGAGAUUCUCCGGGCACUUUUGAAUUGCGAUCUUGUCGGAUUUCAUACAUUCGAUUACGCCCGACAUUUCUUGUCCUGCUGCAGCCGAAUGCUCGGCCUCGAUUAUCAGUCGAGGCGAGGCUACAUCGGACUGGAUUACUACGGCAGAACUGUAAGCAUCAAAAUCCUCCCUGUCGGAAUCCACAUGGGACAGAUCCGAUCGGUGAUGUCGCUGCCGGAAACUGCCGACAAAAUCAAGGAUUUGUGUAAGAAGUACGAGGGGAAGGUGUUGUUCCUCGGCGUCGACGAUUUGGACAUGUUCAAAGGGAUAAGUUUGAAGCUUUCGGCAUUCGGUUUGCUUUUGGAGCAGAAUCAUAUGUACAGAGGAAAUGUAGUAUUGGUACAGAUCAUGAACGCCCCUCGGAGCUGCGGGAACGAUAUCCGCGAAGUUCAGACAGAUAUCGACAACGUUGUGUGCACGAUCAAUGCUCGGUACGGCGAGAAAGGGUAUCGACCGAUUGUCUGUAUAAACGGGCCGGUGAGUUUUCAGGACAAGGUCUCUUACUUCGCCGUGUCUGAAUGCGUUGUGGUGAGCGCCGUCCGGGACGGAAUGAACUUGGUGCCGUAUAAAUACACGGUGGCGAGGCAGGGCACCCCGGAAUUGAACAAAUCAUUAGGACUCGUCGAAACGGGUCCCAAAAAGAGCGCAAUCAUCGUCUCCGAGUUCAUCGGAUGCUCGCCGUCGUUGAGCGGCGCCAUCCGCGUGAAUCCAUGGGACAUCGACCGCAUGGCGGAGGCCAUGGCUUCAGUAAUGAUAAUGUCGGAAAUGGAGAAAGAGUUGCGCCACGAGAAGCAUUACAAGUACGUGGCAUCGCACGACGUAGCGUAUUGGGCUCGGAGUUUCGACCAAGAUCUCGAACGGGCGUGCUCGGAUCAUUACCGAAAACGGUGUUGGGGUAUCGGAUUCGGGUUGAGCUCGAGGGUCGUGGCAUUGGGGCCGAAUUUUCGGAAGCUAUCGGUUGAGCACAUUGUUCGGGCUUACAAUACGAGCCGUAGCCGGCUUAUCCUUCUUGAUUACGACGGUACCAUGAUGCCUCCGGAUAGGGUCGACAAGUCUCCGAGCCCAGAGGUUAUCUCUGUCUUGAAUAGUCUUUGCGACGAUCCGAGCAAUACCGUGUUUGUCGUUAGCGGACGAGGGAAGGAUUCGCUCGCGAAAUGGUUCUUGGAAUGCCAAGGGCUCGGUUUGUCGGCGGAGCACGGUUACUUAAAUAGAUGGAGCAAGAAUUCAGAGUGGGAGUCGAGCGAUUUGGCGAUCGAUUUGGACUGGAAAAAGAUUGUGUUGCCGGUGAUGGAGCAUUACACGGAGGCGACGGACGGUUCGUCGAUCGAGCAGAAGGAGAGUGCGUUGGUUUGGCAUCAUCAAGAAGCCGAUCCCGACUUCGGGUUGUGGCAGGCGAAGGAGCUUCUCGAUCACCUUGAGAGCGUCCUCGCCAACGACCCCGUGGUCGUCAAAAGUGGCCAGCAAAUUGUCGAAGUGAAACCUCAGGGCGUGAGCAAAGGCGUGGUGGUGCAAAAUCUUGUCUCGGCUAUGCGGAAGAGGGGGAAGGCGGCGGACUUUGUGCUGUGUGUGGGCGACGACAGGUCGGACGAGGAUAUGUUCGAGGCGGUGGGGAGGUGUGGGGAGGGGCUGGCGGAGGGGGCGGAGGUGUUUGCGUGCACGGUGGGGCAGAAGCCGAGCAUGGCCAAGUAUUAUCUCGACGACUCGUUUGAAGUUAUGCGGAUGCUUAAGGGGCUUUCGACUUCGACUCCGACUUCGAUUUCGAAAUCGGACAGCAAAAUGAGAGUAGAAGUAGAGUGAGUAUAGAUAGUUUGUCGAUGUUUUUUUGUACAUAUGAAGGAAAGAAGAGAGGAUAGAGAUAUAGUGUGAUGGUGAUGGAUCAUUUGAUCUUAUUACCAAAUAGAAUUGUCACCUUUUUUUUGGUAUUGUUCUGAUCUAUAUACAUGAAAGGGAAAUUUAGGUUGUUUCACUUUUAUCGAUUCAUUUAUAUUUUA